CUCACUUUUUCUUUGUUCCCACCCCCCAACAAAAAAGCGUUCUUUUCCCACUUUUACACACAUUCACACAGGAAACAAGAAACAAGAGUAUAACUAUGUGUCAGGUAACAACAUCUCAUGACCUAAAUUGCAAUCUCAACUCUCCAAACAUGAACACCAACACAUUGACACUACCAUUGAUCUCCAAAGGAGGAGCAGCAGAAGAAGAAGAAGAAGAAUCUCAAUCAGAUAAUAGUAACAUCUCAGAGUCAUUAAAGGAAUUAAUAUCAAUAUCAAAGAUAGCAUUCCCAAUGAUACUGACAGGGCUAUUACUGUAUUGCCGUUCAAUGAUCUCCAUGCUGUUCUUAGGACAACUUGGGGAGCUAGCCUUAGCAGGAGGCUCACUAGCACUGGGCUUCGCCAACAUCACCGGCUACUCGAUCCUCUCCGGCCUAGCCGUGGGAAUGGAACCCAUCUGUGGACAAGCCUUUGGUGCCAAGAAAUUCAGCCUUUUAGGCCUAUCCUUACAAAGAACCAUUCUCUUGCUUCUCUUGACUUCAAUCCCAAUAUCACUCCUCUGGCUCCACAUGAAGCAAAUCCUUCUUCUUUGUAACCAAGAUGAGGCCAUAGCCAUAGAAGCACAAUCAUAUCUUCUAUUCUCAAUCCCUGACCUCAUAGCACAGUCUUUUCUUCACCCUUUGAGGAUUUAUCUCAGAACACAGUCCAUUACUCUGCCUCUAACACUCUGUGCCUCUUUCUCAAUUCUCCUCCACAUACCAAUCAACUAUCUCCUUGUUUCUCACCUCAACCUUGGAAUCAAAGGCGUUGCGCUUAGUGGGGUGUGGACAAAUUUCAACCUUGUUGUUUCUUUGCUUCUCUAUAUAGUCUUCUCAGGAACUCACUCCAAGACAUGGGGUGGAUUCUCUUCUGAGUGCUUCACAAAAUGGAAGCAGCUCUUGAAUUUGGCAAUCCCAAGCUGCAUUUCUGUGUGCCUUGAAUGGUGGUGGUACGAGAUCAUGAUCUUGCUGUGUGGUCUGUUAUUGAAUCCAAGAGCAACCGUAGCUUCAAUGGGGAUUCUCAUCCAAACAACAUCGCUGCUCUACAUUUUCCCAUCUUCUCUGAGCUUCAGUGUUUCCACAAGGGUAGGGAACAAGCUAGGAGCACAAGAGCCUUCAAAGGCGAAACUUUCGGCCAUUGUAGGACUCUCUUGCAGCUUCAUUUCUGGUGUAUCAGCACUGGCUUUUGCUCUAACUGUUAGGAACAUGUGGGCAAGCAUGUUCACAAGGGACAAAGAGAUUAUAGCAUUGACAUCAAUGGUGUUACCAAUUAUAGGUCUUUGUGAACUUGGUAACUGUCCUCAAACCACAGGUUGUGGUGUUCUUAGAGGGACAGCAAGGCCUAAAACAGGUGCUAACAUCAACUUAGGUUGCUUCUAUCUUGUGGGAAUGCCUGUGGCAAUUUGGUUAGGCUUCUUUGCUGGCUUUGAUUUUCAAGGUUUGUGGCUUGGCCUACUUGCUGCUCAAGGCUCUUGUGCUGUGUCCAUGAAACAAGAAAGAAAAGUAUAA